CUGGUGUUCUCUCUCUAUGUGAAAGACUUGCUCUUGAGAUGUGGAAAUUAUCAGUUGGUUGUUUGGUGGGCAUCGUUCUCUGCUUACAAUAUGUCAGCGCUCAACGACCGGUGGCUGGAAAAGUAGCCGGUAAUUUGAAUAUAGAAUACUCCGUGCGUACGAACUUUGCCGUUGUUGGCCGUGUACCUCAUUCAGUGGCCAUCUUGUCACUGACCAACAGGGGGAAGACACCUCUGCCCGACAGGGGCUAUUCCAUUUUCUUCUGUCAUGAAAAUUUCCUAUUCCCCGUCAGUUACCAGGAAGAGCUGGGCAAAUAUGAAUCUGCUCCGUACGGAGGAGAGCUCAUGGUUGACGGAUAUUACUUCAACUUCCUCCAUGGCUGCAUGUACGAAAUGAGGGCUAUCGAUGCUGGACUAGCUCCAUCAGAGACCAAGAACAUUACUUUAUACUUCUCCCCAUUUAUUGUUAGUAAAUUUGACGUCUUUAGAAAUUGGUAUGUGACCGACGAUCAAGGAACCCAAAAGGUAAUCGGAGAUACCCGUGAUCGCGGCUUUGUGGAUGACUUUAAAACUCCCCUCAACCAGUUACGUAGAACAGACGAUUUGGACAGCGUACCCAAGCAACCACAGGACAGACAAGAUGCAUUUGUCCCCUUUAUGAGUGGUGUAUUAUAUGACGUCACCCCAAAACCCAGAAAUCAGCAAAUAGCCACCCCAAUUAACCUAAUUGAUGUCACCUCAACAUCAAAUAAAUGGAAGAUCGUCACGGAACACCCGGACCUCGUUCCCGCCGCGAAGUAUUUAGCAGCCGAGACCAAGAUAAGUAUUGCUACUCCUGGCACGAACAACGCUAACACAAUCAAACUAAGUAAGAAACCCAGGACUUCGUUUCCAGAAUCGGUCUACGGCCCGAUUACUGAAGAAGCUUAUGAGCUGGUCAUCACUCCAAGCCAAAUUGAAAUUGGUGCUGCAGCCCCCAAGGGAAUAAUCAACGGUAUCCACACUCUCAUCUCUCAGCAAGCAUGGAGAGAGGUCCCAGCUCAAGUCAUUAAAGACGGACCAAGAUUUGCCGAAAGAGCACUGCAACUGGAUAUCGCUUCCAAUUUCUACAAACCCGCAGAAAUAAAAAAGAUCAUUAAUUUGAUGGCUUACUACAAACUGAACAGACUGUAUUUACAAAUCUGGAACAACCACGGACUCCGCCUAGAUCUCGGUCUUGGGGCGGUUGAGGUCGCCGGAAAAAGGUGCCAUGAUCUGAACGAAGAAAUUUGUCUGAUGACCCAGCUUGGUUCAGAUCCAGAUGGAAGGGGAAAAGGAAAUGGCCAUCUUACAAAGGAGCAAUUCGUUAACCUUCUAGAAUACGCUGAUAAACGCGGAGUGAUGAUCGUCCCCUCCAUCAAUGUGGGAGAUAAUGCUCGUGCCAUGGUUGUAGGAAUGGACCGGGCCCUCAAGAAAAAUACCUUAAAUCCUGUGGGUGUUAGUUUGUUUGAUGAAACAGAAGUUGAAAACCUGAGGAUGUCGGGCAGAUAUCCCAAAAAAGACAGCGCCAUUAAUCCAUGCAGACCUGAAACUGUUCAGUUUGUAGAUUAUAUUCUGAAGUACUUGAAAUCCCUUUACACAGAGAGCGGACAGCAAUUCACCAGAUUGCAUUUUGCAUCUGACUUCAACACCGAGCAGAUGAUGACUUCUAAACACUGCUUCCCGACUCCCCCUAGAAAUGCUACAGAGCUACAAGAGGCUCGCUCUCGACUAACAGCCAUCAAAGCUGAUUUCUUGGCUAAACUUGGCACACUCUUUACCGCCGAAGGCGUUGACAUAAGUGGCACCGUGGAAUUGUUCACCGGUUUCCCUGACAGCCAGUUUGUCUCCAGAAUGACCAUCAUGGAUAAAUCCAAGCGAUACCCGAAUAUUGAUGCUUACGUUGUCAAUGAUGAUUACAUGAGGUUCAACCCCCCUUCCCCACCAAACAUGCCAAUAGAAUUCUUCUCGCAGCGAGCCCAGCUUCUGAAAAACAACGGUUACAAGGUUUUGAUCUCUCCUCCACACAAGACCAAGUUCGACACGGCUUACGAGCCCGAUCCUAAUGCUCCUGGGGACUACAGUGUUGCCACCAGGAAUGUCAGUUUGCGAGAGGCAUUUGCUUGGGUGCCUAACAGUAGGUGCUGUAACCUUAAUCUGGCCCCAGAAGAAAUUGCAAAGGAAGUGACCAAGCAUGGCUGUUUGACAGAACCUUUGUGUGAACCUUUUGCUGAUGGCGUUACUGGAUUUGAUGGAACUCUAGCCUCAAUUGAUACACGUAAAUUGCCGGAAGUCGAAACAGCAAUCAAACUCAUGAGCCCGCGAUUGAUGGCGUUCGCUGAGCGAUCCUGGUAUGAGGCGCCUUGGGAGUCAAGCUUUACUGCCUCCACCCCCUACCAACCGCCCCAGAGAGCAGCCAAUCAGCCUCCUGCUCUACCUCCACUAAACAUUGAGCCCACCCUUAAUCCUGACCUCGCUGCUCUAGAAAACGACUACCAAAGAUUCAGAAGUCUGAUCGGCGCAAAGGAAGUCAUGAGAAUGGCCAGCAAGGGGUUACCUGUAUUCUGCGCCGCUCCUGGAGCUAGAGUUGUGGCGGAACCAACUGGAAACAAACUGGAGACAUCUUGCAUGUAUCCCAACAUGAAAGUAUACUCCAAAAAUGAACGAGGACAGUUUACAGAGCUGACGACUGUACCAACACAAAACGUGACCAUCAAGUGCCAGUAUUACAUAGAACAAUAUCGACAACUAUUUGAGUGCGAAGAACAAGAGUUCAACGCAAACCUGGAGAAGACACCAUUCCAACACGUACAAGAUCAUAUAACACAAAGAGCCGCUGCUCAAGCGGAAGCAAUCAGACAGCAACAGCAACAGCAACAGGCUUUCCUGGCCCAACAAGCUAUGCUAGCUAGACAGCGGGCAGCUAUGCUACAGCAACAGCAGCAGAAUCAACAACAACAACAACAAGGCGGCCAGCAGCAACAAGGUGGUCAGACAGCAGGAACUGCGCAACAAACAGCAAGGCGAAGAAACACUCAAGGUCAAAAUCAGGCGGCCCCCAGAGCACCCAUAGCGGGAUAAAUGGCCCACUUCCUAAUCUGAUAGGAACAGCAGGAUGUUUACAAUUGGUUAUGGACCGUAAAUCCAAUAUUGUUCGCAUUUUUUUUUCAUUUUUGAUAAAACUAUUAAUUUGUAUGGGAAGUUAUUUCACUUCAAAAUGUUUUUCUUCCUCCGUUAUUGAGCUGUUACUUUGUUGUACGUAACGUUUCAUCCAAUAAUCUGUUAACAUUUAUAUGUAAGUAUCUUUGAAGUUGUUAUUUUAUCCUGAGCACUCUUUUAGAGUGUAUUACCCACACACACACACAUACAGACAUACAUACAGAAACACGUUUGUAUAAAAUAUGGGGUCCCUUUUUUGAAGUAAUUCGGGGCAUGUGUCUUCUCUACAAAAUACUUGGAUGAUGCGCAAAUGAACAUUGUUUACACAACAUUCUCUGUCCAGUCUCCUACUUACCUAUCUCUCAUUGACAGAUUUCUUCUUUCUGAAAUAAGUCUGUUUGAUUCGGUAUAACCAUAUAUAAUCUAUCGAUUCUACUGUAUAAUUGUUUUUAAAAAGAAAGUUAAAAAUCUGAUGUGCAUCAUUGGUUGUAUGUAGGAUACUUAUAAUAUUUAUACAUUUUUACAAAUUGUUAGCUAUUGCAUACAAAUGAUAUGUGAUCUCAUGACGUCAUUAUCCAUUGACAUGCGCACAUUUAUGGUGCGUGAAAUAAAAAUGGAAUGGGA